AUGUCAGGUACGCACCGCCAUCCUGACAAUACCGAACUACCGAUUAACUGCUCAGAGCCUCAACCAACACCCCCUUUUCGUAUUGGGGUAGUUCUAUUCCCAGGCUUUCAGGCCCUCGAUGCUUUCGGGCCAAUGGACUGCCUCAAUGUCCUCUCACGAAAUCACGCCGUGACUCUAGCACUUCUCUCCUCAACCCUAGAGCCUGUGACAACGAAAUCACCCGUGUUACCCCACGCUAUCGGCCAAGCCGUGGUACCAACACACACAUUCGAAACGGCCCCAUCCCUGGACCUGUUACUUGUCCCAGGGGGUAUUGGGUCUCGCGGUUCGAGCCCGGCUAUUGAAGAAAUCAUUUCCUACAUUCGACAUGUCUACCCUACGCUGAAGUACCUGAUCACAGUAUGUACUGGGUCUGGACUUGCCGCCCGAGCGGGUGUGCUGGAUGGGAAACGAGCCACGACUAACAAAAGGGCGUGGGCUGAGAUGACGGCUUUGAGUGAGCUUGUUGAAUGGAUUCCUCACGCUAGAUGGGUUGUGGAUGGUAACAUCUGGUCUUCUUCUGGUGUGAGUGCGGGUAUUGAUGUGACUCUCGCCUGGAUUGAGGAGGUCUAUGGUUGUCAGGUGGCGGAGACAAUUGCGAAUGGAAUUGAAUACACUCGUCACAAGGACCCGAGCCAUGAUCCUUUUGCCGAGCUGCAUGGACUUUGA